GUACGUCAUGACGCCGUGAUAACACUGACACCGAUCGGCAGCUCUAUAUCGGAAUUUCGGCGCCUUAGAAACACAGAGGAGACAAAGGCGCGUUUUAAUUCUGCUCUUUAAGCAUUUCGCUGUUUUCUGCCGUUGGAACACGAGGAGAAUUUUCACCAGAGCGGUAAAUAAUGGCGGUUUUGGGAGGCGCGUGCCGGCUCAUGCAGCUGGUCAGGUCGAGUCCUCCGGUGAGUUUGUGUUUGAGACGGCAGUCGACGGCCGCAGCAGCUGCGUUUGCCACCUCACCCACUCCAGAGACUCAGGAGAACAGAAAACCCAAAACAGGGAUUCUAAUGCUGAACAUGGGCGGCCCGGAGAAACUGGAAGACGUGCACGAUUUCCUCCUGCGGCUCUUCAUGGACACGGACCUCAUGCAGCUUCCUGUGCAGAAUAAACUGGGCCCUUUCAUUGCCAAAAGACGCACUCCAAAGAUCCAAGAGCAGUACAGCAAGAUCGGAGGAGGUUCUCCUAUUAAAGCCUGGACCACCAUGCAGGGAGAAGGAAUGGUCAAACUGCUGGACGAGAUGUGUCCGGAGACCGCUCCUCAUAAGUUUUACAUCGGUUUCCGGUACGUUCAUCCUCUGACUGAGGAGGCCAUCGACCAGAUGGAGAAGGACGGAGUCCAGAGAGCCGUAGCUUUUACGCAGUACCCACAAUACAGCUGCUCCACCACAGGCAGCAGUCUGAACGCCAUCUACAGAUACUACAGCAACCGCAGCGACAGGCCGAAGAUGCGCUGGAGUGUGAUUGACAGGUGGCCGACACACCCACUACUGAUUGAGUGUUUUGCUGAACAUGUUCGUAAUGAGCUGGACAAGUUUCCUGCAGAGAAGAGAGACGACGUGGUGAUUUUGUUCUCAGCUCAUUCUCUGCCGCUGUCUGUGGUGAACAGGGGCGAUCCGUACCCACAGGAAGUUGGUGCUACGGUUCAGAGGGUGAUGGACCGAUUAGGACACUGUAACCCGUACAGACUCGUCUGGCAGUCAAAGGUGGGGCCGAUGCCGUGGCUGGGGCCGCAGACUGAUGAGGUCAUCAAGGGCCUCUGUCAGCGCGGGAAGAAGAACCUGCUGCUGGUGCCCAUCGCUUUCACCAGCGACCACAUCGAAACGCUGCACGAACUCGACAUCGAAUACUCGCAGAUCCUCGGAGAAGAGUGUGGUGUGGAGAACAUCAGACGAGCUGAAUCUCUGAAUGGAAAUCCACUGUUCUUCAGGGCGCUGGCGGAUCUGGUUCAGUCCCAUCUGAAGUCCAACGAGCCGUGUUCCCGUCAGCUCACCCUCCGCUGUCCGCUGUGCGUCAACCCCACCUGCGCUCAGACCAAGGCCUUCUUCGCCAGCCAGAAACCCUGACCUCCGACCUCUCGGCAGCCGUGAACCCGACGGCAGCGCUGGACAGGACCGACGCGGCGGCUCUAGGUUAGCUCGAACCCGUGCGGGUCGGAGGAUGUCGGGGAAGACGGUGAACGAGGGUGAUUUCAGACUGAGACAAAUCAUAAGUGCCGCCCUCAUCGAAAAUAAAUGCACUUUCACCCCGACAUACAUUCCAACCUUAUUUUACACCUGAAAACAUCCGCGUCCUCUUUGCCUUUUUCUGUUUCUUUCUUGGUCUUUCUGUCCAGAUUUUUUCUUGCAUGCGAUUGAGAACGCUUGUGUCUUCCUCCAAAAAAAAUGCAACAGUCAGCGUGGAACAAAUUAACUCAUUUCCAGAUUGCAAACAUCGAAUAAAUAUGGUGCUGAAGUUGUAUGCACAUGCAUUUGUGCAUCAGUUUGGCUUAAAAUGAAUCAUUCACGUUCAUUCGUCUGCUUUCAAACCUGUAUGACUUUUUUUCUUCUGUAAAAAUGUUGUUGAAAAGCUUCAAAACAGACAAAAGUACUCCACGGAAGAAUGAAAGUCAUACAGGUUUGAUGACUGUAGUUCAUUCAUUGCUCAAUCUCCCAUCUGAACUCACAGUGGAGCGUCUUUGACCUCUGACCCCUGCGGUUCCCCUCUCGCGCGUGCGAAUGCGGCCGCGGGUCGUCUGUGCCUACGCUUCGUCUCUUGCUCAGAGCCUUCGAUCUCUCGUGCCUUCAGCAUGUAUUUUAAACGCGCAUUCAGACGUGAUGUGUGUUAUUAGAUUACAAACGUCUUUAGCUUCUCUUGCCAAGGAGUCACAUGAUCUACAAAUGCUAUUGUGUCUUCCAUUUCCUGUACGAGAGUCCUUGUUUAAUGUAAUGUCCUGUUGUUUCUCUCUCUGUCUGUUGUAGUCUGUUCUUUUGAGGGAAAUCUCAAGAAAACCAAGUCCAUGCCAUUUUUUUUCACCUCAAAAUUAAAAUUAUUAAUAAUAAGUAAAUAAAUACAAAUUAAUAACAUUGGAAAAAUUAAAUUAUUAAAUAUAUCAUUUGCAUGAAUAUAUAUAUAUAUAUAUAUAUAUAUAUAUAUAUAUAUAUAUAAAAAACAGAUGGCACAGAAGUCAUGGCACAAUGUACAAAAAAUAUCUACAAAAUUCCUAAAAAUAAGUUUAAUUUUCAUUUUUUAAAUUUUUUUCUGAAUUUUCUAAGGUUUCUAAGACACCUUGAUUUAGCAGAGAAUUAAUGUUCUCAUUUUUCUCUUAAGAUUUUUUUUUUUAAUAUUUCCAUUAAAAUUAAAUGCAUUUACUCUCAUAAUUUCAGAAUAUUAAAUUAAUAUUUUAUGUAUUUCAAUAAUAUAAAUAUAAUUAUAUAAUAAGUAACACUUUACAAUAAGGUGUGAUUUCUUAACAUUAGUUAAUGUAUUAACUAACAUGAACUAACAAUUUAUUACACUAUUUAUUAAUCUUAGUUAAUAUUAGUUAAUAAAAAUAUAUUAGUUCAUUGUUUGUUCAUGUUAGUUCACUGCGCAUUAACUACUGUUAACAAAAACAAGUUUUGAUUUUAAUAAUAUCAAAAUCAGAUUUUAAAAAAAUGUGUAAAAACAACAAAAAAAGGUCCUAAAAAUAAGUUUAAUUUUCUGUAUGCUAAAUUAAUAUUCUCAUUUCUUUAUGUUUUUUGAGAUGAAAUAUGAGCUGGACGUGUUGUUGACGGGUCGGGUGAGAUUCGCCCUCAUAGCUCAUGCUGCUUUGAUUAAGUGCAGAAAGAUUGGCUGUCCCGGGCCCAAUAACCCUCCUCACUGAGCGUGAAUGUGUGUGUGUGUGUGUGUGCGUGUGCGUGCGUGUGUGAUGCUCUGGGGGCCGCAGGAGCCUCUUGGUAAUUGAAAAGUGGAGCGCUGCUGCAGCGGCUCUGUGACCUCUAAUUGAGAGAGAGCAUUGAUUUCUGCUGAGAGAGAAAGAGAGAGAGAGAGAGAGAGAGAUGGAGGAAGGGCCCGAUGCUGCAGAAAGGAGGAAUGAACGAGUGAGUGAUUUUGCUGGGGGAGAGACUGAUCAGAUGGACGAUUGGAACGGACAGAUGUGGUGAAAGACAGACACACAGAGAGAGAAAGACAGGAGGGAGUGCAGAACGAGAAAUUGUGUUUCUUCUCCAUGAACCUUUUUUAACUCCACAGAAUGUGUGGAUUUGGGUCAUUCUACACAACGGGUCCCUAGUGCCCAAAACACUUUCAAAUAUAAUAGUAAAAUAAGUAAUUCAUAGUGAUUUAUAUUUAUUAUUAUUAUUAUUAUUAUUUACUGUUUUCUUUUGUUUUUUUAACACAUUGUGAUGCAUUUUGUAAUGCAUAUACACACACUACCAGUCAAAAGUUUUUGAACAGUAAGAUUUUUAAUGCUUUUAAAGAAUCUCUUCUGCUCACCAAGCCUGCAUUUAUUUGAUCCAAAAUACAGCAAAAGCAGUAAUAUUGUGAAAUAUUUUUACUAUUUAAAAUAACUGCUUUAUAUUUGAAUAUAUUUUAAAAUGUAAUUUAUUUUUGUGAUCAAAGCUGAAUUUUCAGCAUCAUUACUCCAGUCUUCAGUGUCACAUGAUCCUUCAGAAAUCAUUCUAAUAUGCUGAUUUGCUGAUCAGAAAAACAUUUAAUAUUAUUAUUAUUAUUAUUAUUAUCAUUAUCAGUACUUACAACAGCUGAGCACAAUUUUUUCAGGAUUCUUUGAUGAAUAGAAAGAUCCAAAGAUCAGCAUUUAUCUGAUAUAAAUAGCUUUUGCAACAUUAAAAGCUUGGAGUCAGUAUAAUUUUUUUUUUUUUGGGGAAAGACAUUAUAGAAAUUAAUAAUUUGAUUUAGCAAGGAUGCUUUAAAUUUGAUUAAAAAUGAUAAUAGACAUUUAUAAUGUUACAAAAUAAUUUUAUUUUUAGAUAAAUGCUGUUCUUCUGAACGUAAUAUUUAUCAAAGAUACCUGAAAAAAGUUCUACUUAGCUGUUCUCAACAAAAGAAUAAAUAUAAAUUUCUUUUAAAGCAGUAAAUCAGCAUAUUAGAACGAUUUCUGAAGGAUCAUGUGACACUGAAGACUGGAGUAAUGAUGCUAAAAAUUCAGCUUUGAAAUUACAUAAAAUAUAUUCAAAUAGCAAUAAGUUAUUUUAAAUAGUAAAAAUAUUUCACAAAUUAAUUAAAAAAAAUUUUUUUCACUGUUUAUAUUUACUGUUUGUAUAAGCCUACAUUUAUCUGAUCCAAAGUACAGCAAAAGCAGUAAUAUUGUGAAACAUUUUUACUGUUUUAAAUAACUGCUUUAUAUAUUUGAAUAUUUUUUAAAUGUAAUUUAUUUCUGUGAUUUUUGUUUAUUUUUUUAUUUUUUUUUUUUUUUAUAUAAAUACCUUUAUUUAAAUACAGUGAUGAGAAAAAAAAAAAAAAUAUAUAUAUAUAUAUAUAUAUAUAUAAUAUAAGGUAAAAAAAAAAUAAAAUAAAUUGUAUUUAAACACAAACAAAAUGUUAUGUGAUUUUCAUAUAUAGAUAGAUAGAUGUAGCAUCACAAAAUUCAUCAUAAUGUGUCCAAAAUUAAAAAAUGCAAAUUGGAUUUUAUGAUUAUUAUUUAUUUUUAUUUUUUUUUCAUAUUUUCAGUGUUUUCUGGACUGGUCUGUACACUGGAUUUCUUUUCAUUAUUGCAUUUCUGGUCUUUUCUUUCUGUGUUUUGUGGUCUGUUCCACAGAUGUACUUUGAACUUUUUUGCCUUAUUACUUUAGCAAUUACGCAUAUUUUAUUGAAAACUAAAUCUAUGGAUAAAGCAGCACUUUGUCUCUGUUUUCUCUCCAUACUUCGGUACUUUAGAUAUUAGUCCGUAAUCUAUUACAAUUGUGCAUUAACCUUAUUACCUUCAUAUAUGAGAUUAAUAGCCAAUUAUUCCAUAAAUAAAAAAUAUGCCAUUUUGUAGAAAUAUUUCAUUUUUAGUUGUUGACUUUUUAAAGACACAGUUGUUCACGUUUGUGUUUAGAUUUAAAUGCACAUACUAAAAAACACUUGAUUUAUCUGACAGAAUGUUUGAAUCUGAAUUCACACCCGUUUCAUAGAAUGACCCUUUUAAUUGUAAUAAAUCGAAUCGGUUUGAUUUGAUUUUGUGGGUCCGUCAUGUGAUUUCCACCAGAUUUGAUUCUGGAUUGAGCUGCAGAAACGCACAAAAUCUGUCUCACUGCUGUUUGUCGUCUGAUCGCGUCAUUUCAGACCAAAAUCUGAAGUAAAUGGGAAACAACAUUUUACAUAAAUAAACAGUAAGCUUUCAUUAUUGUCAUGACAGUAAAGCACAUUUUCCUCUAGAUUAUCGUUACUUUUAUGCCAAAAAAUAAAGGACUUAGUGCUGCAACAUAUUAGUGUUAGUUGUCAUGAAAGUAAUGUCAAAAUGCAAAAUAAGUUUGAUUUCUUCAUGCAAAAUGUCCUAUUUUUCAUUUUUACCUUUGAUUUCGGGGUGAAAUGAAACCCAGACGUGUUCUUUGUGAUGAAUCUGACUGAUCAAUGUGUUUUUCUGCUUGUUUUGAUGCUCAUCUGCCUUAUGAAUCAUUCUCUUCACGUUUCACACUGAAAACACAGACUCUUUAUUAUUAAAUCAGAAAGCCACUUCAAUGCUUCCAACAAAGACUUGCCCAGAACAUCAUCAAGUGUCAUUUAUAACAGGUUUUAACUGAAACUGAGUGAUGUGUAAGCGCACAAAUCUCCAUGUAGUUCUUUUGUUUUGUAAUUGUAAACAUCAUAUUUGAGAGUCUGGGCUUCAGAAAUGCGCUCGGACUGGUUUGAUUAUGUAGAUCAUGUGGAUGUAAUCGUGCAGCUGUCUGAAUUUAUUCAAUAUGUAGUUUUAAACACUGAAGGCAGGUGAAUGAUUCAUGUACAUAUCAAGAUGAUCAGUGCGUCUGUGAUUAUGGGAAAUAAAUAUAAUUGUUGCAAAUUCA